AUGGCUGCUGGGUCAGUGACGAGGCUCUUCCUUGCGGAUGUCGAGGCAACUGACCUAUGCCCUAGGGAGCACGAGCUCGGCACUUGUGGCUCAGUGGUGUUGCAGACUUUGGUGGAUGGCCUUCCAUAUGGGAGCUCUUCGGGGAGCCAAAGAAGCUUCCCGCGGCCCAUCUGGCCGCUACUAGCCCUGCAAGGCCCCAGUUUCCAGCUUGGUACCUCAGAGCUUACCAUCAUGCUUGUGGAUGCUGACCCGCUACAACCCAGGGUUGGGGCUCCUUUCUGUUUUGGCUUCGUGCGGCUGAAGGAGGAGCUUGCACCGCUUGCCUACCAGCAGAGUCUCUCGUUCCAGCGGUCGCUGGAAGGUGCUCCUGGCCGGUACGGAGCACUGAACUUCCGGAUUUGCACCGUUCGCCCCACACAGGUGGGCCCAGGCCCAUGGCAGGAGGAAGAGGACAAGCUUGCCAUGACACACCCUUUGGACUGGUGCGGAGUGCUUCGCUUCACGCCAGAAUUAAAAGAACUUCCUCGGGAUCAUCGAGGUGUAUGGUCCAUGGAGGCUGCCGCCGGGCCACCUGAUGGUCGCGACUUGCUCUCUCCUUCCAGUGGCUUUGUCAGCUGGCAAGUGCAGGAAGACGAAGCAGGAAGCUAUCGCGAGUGGAGGCACUGGAGCCCUCAACAGCUUUUCGUCGUCGAGAGAGAUCUCCUUUUCAGUGUUCAUGCAUCCUGUCCUCAGACAGGGUGGGAAGGAAGCUGUGUUCAACGCCUCUCGAAGAUGCGUGGGCCGCGUGGACCUUGCAACAUGUUCACCGAGGCACACCCGUACCCAUUGUUGCUGAAGAUGCAUGGCACGGACGCAUCAGUAGCAAUGCAUCUCAGGUUCUUUCCAGCAGAAUUCCUCAGGCCAAGCUCGCGAGGCAGUGGCAUCAGCCUGCGCAUCACCCUUGCAGCCGCACCUCCCAAUUUGCAGCUGCCGGUCAUUUUCAGUGUUCCUUCUGGCUGCUUCUCCAUGUUAGGGGAUAAUGCCAAAGACACGACCUUCCACAUCAGCCGCCUUGAUGAUUGUGUGGAGGUUUGCCUUCCAGACCCUUCACGCUUGGUAGGCCGUUCGGUGUGGAAGGUUACAGAAGAUGGCAACAAAUCGGGAGGUCCCCCUGCAGGUUUGGACAUGCCCAGGGAGAGCCUGGUGGAUAUCCUUGGACUGCGGCUAAGACCUGGCGACGAUAAGAUUGUGACCCUGCCUUUGGGAGACCAUGCCAUCGUCUUGCGAUUCUGUCUAACAAUGCUGCAUCCAGAAGUUGCACGUCCGGUCCUGGGAGUGAGCGUGCCAACAAAGGAUCCCCUGGACGUGUCCAGUGGGCCAAUUGGGGGUCAUGGAGAGGUUGUUGGAAUCUUCGUGCAUGCUUUGGCUGUGCACUCGCCGCAGGUAACUUGUUGUUUACUGAGCGGGGGCCCUGAAGCCGCCUCGUUGUUCUAUCCACUUCCACAUUUUGGAGGCAAGAUAUUCGUGCCGGCGCAGCCGGACAGCCGUGGAAAGGUCAACAUCCUGGCUUUUCUGCCAGAGUUCGGCUGUCACGCUGCGGCACAAACAGCUGUGGGCGACAGCUGCUUGCAGCUGCAUUGGCGUUUCUCCGAUGGCUGGGGGCUCAGCGAUGUGCGAGAUGAUGAUCGGAGCUCCAUGGUGCGUCGACGCUGCUCGGCCAGCUUCUCUUUGGCCUUGCUUUUGGCAGCAUUUUGCCAGAGCGCCUGCUUCAUCAACUGGGCAGUGAAAAUGCCAGGCAGGAUUCAAGCUGCGGUCGCCAGAGGAGCCAAUGGAAGUGCCAUUCUGUCCUGCGACAACAAGGAAGACUUUGUGGCCAACCUGCGCGGUGGGCUGACGGUAGCCAUGUUCUCUUCAUCGAUGUGUGGUCCCUGCUUCCUCAUGGAGCCUAAGGUGGAAGAGCUGGCGGCCAAGUAUGCAGACGAUGGGCUGAAGGUCGUAAAGAUCAGUCUUGAGCCAGGCCAGAAUGCAAAGCUCGUGAAGCCCUUGUAUUCCGAAAUGGAUGUAAGGGAGCUGCCCACAUUCAUCGUCUUCAAGGACGGUGAGAUGAAGGGCCGAAUCACGGGAACCAGGCACGCGGAACUGUUGGAGAUGGUUCAGGGCCUCCUCUGA